UCUUAUUUCUACGUCUCUAAGCUCCGCCUGCUCCGUUUGGAGUAGCCGCGUUGUGUUGUCACCUUAGUCACUGUUGAAGGGGCACAAAGGAGCAGGAGCCAUGUCAUCGUCUUCUUCCGAUCAAUAUGAAGAAGGGGAGUACGGGAGCCUGGCCAAGAGGCUGAAGAGCGGCCAAGAGGACGGGGAAAUUGACUGCACAUCGGAAGAGCAGGACAGGGAUACACCGGAGCCCGCCAGAGGGACACCCAGCUAUGGGGAUAGCGGAGGAAACCAUCACAAGGUGUCGGUGUCUCCAGUCGUCCAUGUUCGAGGGCUCUGUGAAUCGGUAGUGGAGGCUGAUCUGGUGGAAGCACUUACCAAGUUUGGGCCAAUAUGUUAUGUGAUGAUGAUGCCCUUCAAACGACAAGCACUAGUGGAAUUUGAAGACCUAGAAUUCUCAAAAAAAUGUGUGGCAUUUGCUGGCAGUGAGCCAGUGUACAUAGCAGGCCAGCAAGCUUUCUUCAACUACUCUACCAGCAAGCGUAUCACCAGGCCAGCAAAUAAUGAAGACCCUUCUGGGGGAAAUAAAGUUCUGCUUCUCUCCAUUCAGAAUCCCCUCUAUCCAAUCACAGUCGAUGUAUUAUAUUCAGUCUGCAACCCUGCUGGAAAGGUGGAGCGCAUAGUUAUCUUUAAGAGAAAUGGAAUACAGGCUAUGGUCGAAUUUGAUUCAGUUCACAGUGCCCAAAAGGCCAAAUCUUCUCUAAAUGGAGCCGACAUAUACGCUGGAUGUUGCACGCUGAAGAUUGAAUAUGCCAGGCCCACACGACUUAAUGUUAUUCGGAAUGAUAAUGAUAGCUGGGAUUACAGCAAGCCCUACUUAAGCAGGCAAGAUCGUGGCAAAGGGCGACAGAGGCAGGCCAUUCUGGGGGAUCACCCAUCUUCCUACAGAUAUGAUGGCUAUGGAAACCAUGGCCCUUUGUUGCCAUUGCCUAACCUGUACAGGAUGGGAUCCAGAGAUACUCCAGAGCUGGUUGCCUAUCCUCUGCCCCAGGCUUCCUCCUCUUACAUGCAUGGGGGACCACCUGUAGGCUCAGUAGCCAUGGUUAGCGGCUUACAUCAGGAAAAGAUGAAUUGCUCCCGGGUUUUCAACCUAUUUUGCCUGUAUGGUAACAUUGAAAAGGUAAAAUUUAUGAAGACCAUUCCUGGCACAGCUCUUGUAGAAAUGGGCGACGAGUAUGCUGUAGAAAGAGCAGUAACACACUUGAAUAACGUGAAGAUUUUUGGAAAGAGAUUAAAUGUUUGUGUCUCCAAGCAGCACUCGGUUGUCCCCAGCCAGAUAUUUGAAUUAGAGGACGGGACAAGCAGUUAUAAAGAUUUUGCUAUGAGCAAAAACAACAGGUUUACCAGCGCCGGCCAAGCCUCCAAGAAUAUUAUCCAGCCUCCGUCUUGUGUUCUGCAUUAUUACAAUGUCCCCUUGUCUGUGGAAGAAGAAAUGUUCCAAAAGCUGUGUGAAGAUCAUGAUGUUUCCACAUUCAUUAAAUUUAAAGUGUUUGACGCAAAACCAUCAUCUAAAACACUCUCUGGACUGCUAGAGUGGGAAUCGAAGACUGAAGCAGUAGAAGCACUCACAGUAUUAAAUCACUACCAAAUAAGAGUUCCUAAUGGUUCUAAUCCGUACACUUUGAAGCUCUGCUUCUCCACGUCAUCCCAUCUGUGAAGAAUCGCAAGAAAAAGAAUCUUGUGGGAACUAAACAGUGUUUCUAUUAUUUUCAUCUUUUCAUAAUGUGCUUAUGUAACAAUGUUGUGUUUUUUUAUAUUAUUUUAUGGACACCUGCCAUUGGGUGAUUUUCUUGCCCUUUGACUGGUUUAAAGCAGCACUACAUGUUUAAAGUGAAAAUCUGUUUUUAUUCUUAGCUCAUGUUUAAAUAGAGUUAAGGUCUGUAUUUUUUUUAAAUUGCAUUUUAAUAGAGCCUCUCUUCUACUGUAUAAACAAAAAAGGGUAAUUUAUUACUGCCCCCUGCUGCAAAUGCAGGAGCAUCACUAAUAGGUGCAUUUAGUUCGGAUUUGCAGCAGGGGUGUACUCUGUGUGAAUAAAAAGUCUAGCACAAAUUAGUGGGAAUAAGACAUCUGCUCCUCAUGAGUACAGUGCUGCCAAAUGCAGACUGCACUGUAUUCACCUGGGAAAACACAGGGCUCUGUGCUUUGUUUUGGACCACAGAACACUUAACAUGUAAUAAAUUACCCCCCUGAGUGUUUAUUUGUUUAGGAAGAGCUUACUAGUUAAAUAUGAAUAUAGUGUCCAACUGCAACAUCCUAUAGUAUUGGUUGAAUGAAAUUUUAGCUGCUGCUUUAAUUUAGAAUGUUAUUUGCAAAUCAUGUAAUUGUAAUAUAUACAUUGUUUUGUAUUUCUUUUGGCCAAUGUGCUAUUAACAACCACUUCUAUACGUUUUUCUGCCAUGAAAAAGCAUAUAUAUAUAUAUAUAUAUAUAUAUAUAUAUAUAUAUAUAUA